UCGUGUCAAAGUUCACUAUAUAGAGAGCUCAGUGAGCUGAUCAGAGAGAAAGCAUUCUGCCAGCCCGGCUCCUACCAAUCGCAAAUCACUUCCUAACCUCCGCCUUUUUAACAUAUUUGAUCACUUUGAUUCUCCGCUGCUUUUUCUUAUUAUAUUUCAGCACACGGAGGAGGUUUUGUAGGUUGUGAUCUUUGUUUUUUUUUCCCGAGGUUUUUUGUUUUACUGCUUCUUUUUGGAGGGGGAAGAGAGUUGUCUUCAUAUCCCAAGCUCUCAAAACACUGAGCUUCAGCUGCGUGCUUGCUUUGCGCAACCUCACAAGGAGAAACGGGAAGAAGACGCUGCUUAUUCAGAUUUUUUGAUCAUUAUUAUCAUUUGGCUGGUUUUCUUCAAGACUUGUGUCGGAACUUGAUAGUAGAGCUGCUGCAGUGUGUUUUUGUAUGCUGCUGUUGGGAGCCCUCUCCAUCGUUCCCAGAACAGUCCCAUGCUACCUCGGUUGGUUGUUUUGAAAUAUUCAGCCUCCCCUUUUCUCCCAUUGAUGGGUGUGCUGGAUGGCUGACUGUAAGCGCCCCUGGACUUGGCCUUUAAGCGCAAGGCAGCCGCUCAGCUCGCCGUCGCAUCAGUUUUGAAAGCGUGCCUCCCCGAGCGUCUCCAACAGCAAUAAGCACCGACAGUUUUCAGGAGAUCCGGACAGGAUCCAAACGCCAGGCUGUUACACUCCCCCGAGUUUUUCCUCCUUUUUUUUUCUCCUUGAGACAUUCUCCACCGCGGGCAGCAAACACGGCAGACAAAAAGUUUCUCUCCGUUGACUGAUAGAUAUGGCAAUGGUAGCGUGGAGAGGCUCCCAGGACGAUGUGGCUGACACCCAAGGCGCCCUUUCCUCGCAGACCCAAGGAGGACUAUCCCUUCCCACCCCGCAGCCGGGCCAGCUGAACCUGACAGCCUCCCAGAUCGCCCCGCCGACCCCUCAGACACCAGUGCAGGGACCCCCGAACAACGCGCAAUCAACGCCGACGAACCAGACGUCGCAGCAGCAGUCGGAGAAACAGCCGCAGCACAUCGAGUGUGUGGUGUGCGGGGAUAAAUCUAGCGGCAAACACUACGGCCAGUUCACCUGCGAGGGCUGCAAGAGCUUCUUUAAGCGGAGCGUACGGCGGAACCUCACUUACACAUGCCGUGCCAACAGGAAUUGUCCGAUCGACCAGCACCACCGCAAUCAGUGUCAGUACUGCCGCCUCAAAAAAUGCCUUAAAGUCGGCAUGAGACGGGAAGUUUCUCUUUUUACUGCAGCCGUGCAAAGGGGACGGGUGCCACCCACACAGCCACACCAUGGUCAGUUCGCCUUGACAAAUGGAGACCCACUCCACUGCCAUUCCUACUUAUCCGGAUAUAUCUCUCUUCUGUUGAGAGCGGAGCCCUACCCGACGUCCCGCUAUGGCAGCCAGUGCAUGCAGCCCAACAACAUCAUGGGCAUAGAAAACAUUUGUGAGCUGGCGGCCAGGAUGCUCUUCAGCGCCGUGGAGUGGGCCAGGAAUAUUCCCUUCUUCCCGGACCUGCAGAUCACAGACCAGGUGGCUCUGCUGAGGUUGACGUGGAGUGAGUUAUUCGUGCUCAACGCGGCGCAGUGCUCCAUGCCCCUACAUGUGGCUCCUCUCCUGGCGGCGGCUGGCCUCCACGCCUCCCCUAUGUCUGCGGACAGAGUGGUGGCCUUUAUGGACCACAUUAGGAUCUUCCAGGAGCAAGUGGAGAAGCUGAAAGCUUUACACGUUGACUCUGCAGAAUAUAGCUGCUUAAAGGCAAUUGUGCUCUUCACCACAGAUGCUUGUGGCCUCUCAGAUGUGGCCCAUGUGGAAAGUUUGCAGGAGAAGUCCCAGUGCGCCCUGGAGGAAUAUGUCCGGAGCCAGUAUCCCAACCAGCCAACACGGUUUGGGAAGUUGUUACUCCGCUUGCCUUCCCUCCGCACAGUCUCUUCCUCGGUCAUAGAACAAUUAUUUUUCGUCCGAUUGGUAGGUAAAACCCCCAUUGAAACUCUCAUCAGGGAUAUGUUGCUGUCGGGGAGCAGUUUUAACUGGCCUUACAUGUCAAUUCAGUAAAACCAAGAAGGAGUCGAACUUGAACAAAACAAAAGGUGGGGGCUUUAAAGGUGUGUGUGUAUGGGGGUCUACACUGAUCAUAGCUGCUUUUGUGGAAGGAUUAAAAAAACGGCUGUUACAGGAGGCUGGCUUUCAUGAAGAAAGACAUAAAUGACUGUGAAUCCCCCCCCACCCCCACCCCAGGAGAAAAAAAAAAGAAAAUUAAGACAUCCAUCUGAACUUUCAAAAUACAAGCUCCCACAGUGUUCAACAAGAACAACAUGCUCCUAUUCAUAUUUUUAAUGAAAGAAGAAAAUGAGAAAAAAAGAGGGAUUUUUUUUGUUGAUUAUUAUGAGGAAAUUUUAAGUAUUAAGUGCAUUUAAAAUGAAAAAAAAAAUUGGGUUAAAAAAAGAAAACGUUAAGAAAGGGAAAAAAAAAAUCAUUUUCUGAAAUGACUUGUCCUGUGUCCAUGUAUAGCUGUGUUUUUGUACUUUCUUUGUUCCUCCUUUAUGGUUACAAACCGGCAUAUGUGAUUUCUGUAGUUCAGGUGGUGUUAUUUUUUAAGACAAUGAUUUAUUUUAAAAAUGGUGAAAUAAUGUAAAGAAACCGAUAAAAAAAACAAGAGGUUCUAAAGAGAAUUAAAACCACAGCAAUAGGAGAAAAGGCUUAAUGCUGCAAGCGCACUUAUAUUAAGGAUGACCAAUACCAUCUGGGGCAAGAUUAGGGAGGUUUUGAACUUUCUGACCCAUCUCUUUAAUUUUUUUUAUUAUUUUGUGCUAUUAAAAGUUAUAGGAUCUGUUUGUUUUUUUUUUUUUCUUCUUACUAAAGGAACUUAGAAUCCAGCUCCAAAUAUCUGGCACCACUUUAUCAAAUUGGACACCACUAAAAACUAUAUUUUGGAUUUUUACAAGUCUCCAAGACCUACUACUAGAAACUCAAACCAACAGCACCGCAGAACAACAGAGAGCAUAUCCCGGCUUGUUGUAAAAUAAGAAGUUGGUGAGGUCAAGGGGUCAUAAAAGUUUUGAAGCAGAGCCAGAGCGGUGUUUAAUGGCAGUAUUAUUAAAGCUUCCCUGAAAUGUCAACCUUUAUUCACUUCUAGCAUUAAGUGCCUGACAAGCAUGAUGUGAUUUCUUAUCAGAAAACCUGUAAACGUAGGUCUACAUAAUUUUUAUUUUGUUUAGGGGGUGGGAAGGAUGGGCCGGAAGAAAGUUAGAUUUCAGUCAUGUGUUUCACCUGCAGAACACUGAUUUAGAGGCAGUAUUCCUGUAAAUAUAGGUCAGUUCAUUUCAAUGAGUUUGUUCCUUUAUACAAAGUAUAUGUGAUUAAGAAAAAAAAUCUGUGGUUGCCAUUUUUUUUUUCUUUCUCGGUAAUACAGACGUCUUCAAAAUUGAGUGGCUGGUUUUAGCUGGUAGCACUGAAAGUUCUGUUUUUAAUGUAUAUACAUAUUACUGCGGAAAAUGUUUUCUUUUUCAUGUAUAUUUAGACUGUGAAUGCAUGGCCACAGGUCGCUAACCUAUUUUACCUUUGAUAUAUAAAUGUAAAUGUUUUCUCUAUCUCUCUCUUAUUCUCUCUCUUUCUUUUUUGACUGUAUAGAUAUAAUCUGUGCAUUCAGUACACACUAGCUCUUGUAUUUAAAGAGACAGAAAAGAGGGGGGAAAAGGAAAAGGACGUUCUUAAUUAGGCUAAAGACGCAAACAGGGUGAGCAGAUGUUUUUUUUUUCCUUUUUUUAACUUUUAUUUUUGUGGAAAAAAAAAAGAAAAAAAGGAGCAGAUAUUUAACUUUCUUGUUAAUGCUCCUUUGCUCUUUGACAGGUGCCGUGGUGUGCGUGUGUGAGAGAAUGCGUUCCCGUACAUGUGUGUGCGUGUCUGGAAGCUGCGUUUUGUCUUUGUUUUUGGAGCUUUUCUUUAACACGCACACACAUUCACACACACACAACGAGAAAAA